UUUUUAUCUGCCUUGAUUGUUUUGUUUUGUUCCCCUUGCACUUUAAUUUUCCAUACCCUUAUUAUAUUUCCAUUUAUAAUUUGCAAUAUGGUCGACAGCCGAGAGACAAUAGUCGUUAUUGGCGCCGGGAUAGUUGGUGUAUCUACAGCGUAUUUUACAAUGAAGAAGCUGGUCUCAGAGCACCCGUCCUCCGCAACCCGCCCACGAGUCAUACUCCUUGAGCAGUGCGAGCCCGGCUGCAGCGCAUCGGGAAAGUCCGGCGGCUUCCUCGCCCGCCACUGGUCAGACGGCACCGACACAGAACAGCUUGCACAAUUCAGCUACGACCUGCACGCCAAGCUAGCAGCCGAACACGACGGAGCCACCAAGUGGGGCUACCGACCGCUGGACACCUUUUCUGCCGAAAUCGACCGCAUCCCCGUGGCACCCUCCAAGCAACGCAAGAAGGGGCACCAAAGGACAGAGUCCGAAUCCAUCGUGACCUCCAUCGAGGUCAUUGCGCCGCAGCCGCAUUUGUUGUCGCCCUUUGCCACAAAUUACUCGUGUUCGGGGACGCCCAGCGCCCUUGAGGAUAUCCAGACCAGCACGCAUGCGUCGAUCUCGGUUCCAGACUUACAGGCUGUCAAGAGUGUGCCGCCGGAGACUGUGCCGUGGCUUAAAACCAACGUUUUGACGAAUCUGCGCCAGGUCGGUGGCACUGGAAAUACCGCGCAGGUUGAUCCGCUGAAACUCACGCGGGCGAUGCUCGCUGAGGCUAAAGCACUGGGACUCGAGGUUGUCCGGGCCAAAGUUAUUGAUGUGGCCGAAACUGGAUACCGUCCGCCAGUCAUUGAGCUCUCCAUAGACAACCACCAUACUAUCUCGCAGGACAUGCUGAGCAUAAUCAAGCCAAAGACCGCCGCCCAGGUGAUGAUGGAGCUGGACGACGCGCGCAACGUCAACAAUGGCGUGUCUAGGACCACCAAGCCCUACGUUGUGGUACUCGAUCAGGUGGGGCUGGAUAUUCCCGCUGACAAGAUUGCCGUUGCCUGUGGCGCCUGGGUGACCUCGUGUCUGCGCUGGGAGGCCUUCCGCGAGGUUUCCGCCAGCCAGAUCCCCAUCCAAGGCCUGCGCGUCCACUACCUCCUGGCCAAACCAAAGGUUGAAAUCCCAGCCCAAGCGGUAUUCGCCGAAAUCAACGGCACCGUGUAUAGCGGCGAAGACGCUAUUGAGAUAUACCCGCGGCCCGACGGCUCCGUAUUUGUCUGUGGCGAGGCCCUUGACGAUCCCGAAAUGCCACCGCAUAAUCCUUUUGAGCCCGUGUACAGCAAGCAUGCGACCAGCCGGCUCAAGCAGAUUGUCAACGAUGUCAGCCAUGCACUGUCCUUUGAUGUGAUCCAGUAUGGUUUGGCCUGCCACUUGCCUGUUCAUGCGAAGGGCAUUCCGGUGAUCUCAAAGGUACCAACAACUAAGGGGUUGUAUAUUGCCGCCGGACAUGGGUGCUGGGGCAUCCUGAACGGGCCAGCCACUGGGCUUGCUGUUUCUGAGUUGCUGCUCGACGGAAAGUCCACCACGCUUGACUUGACAAACUUUAGGCUAGACAGGUGGUACUGAACAAACGAAACAAAUAAUAAACCUUAUUUAUAUUUAUAUUUCCAUA